GUGGAGUUGUGGAGUUAAUUCUGUGGGGCUCGGACCACCACGCUAAUCAAAACAGGCUUAGCUCCACAGCCCUUCGGUUAGGGCUUUCGCUUUUGCACAAUCGCAGCGUUUCUCGAAAUUUUGCUCUUCGACCCUCACGAACUUGGCGAAUUCCAGCGAUACUAACAACAGGAAUUCGAGGCUGACAAGAUGGGUGCCCUCAAGUACCUCGAGGAGCUGUCGAAGAAGAAGCAGUCCGAUGUGGUCCGCUUCCUUCUCCGCGUCCGCUGCUGGGAGCUCCGCCAGUUGAACGUCAUCCACCGUGCCUCGAGGCCCAGCCGCCCCGACAAGGCCCGCCGCCUCGGCUACAAGGCCAAGCAGGGCUAUGUCAUCUACCGCGUGCGUGUCCGCCGCGGUGGCCGCAAGCGCCCUGCCCCCAAGGGUGCCACUUAUGGCAAGCCCACGAACCAGGGUAUCAACCAGCUCAAGUACCAGCGCUCGCUUAAGGCUACCGCCGAGGAGCGUGUCGGUCGCCGCUGCGCCAACCUCCGUGUCCUGAACUCCUACUGGAUCAACCAGGACUCUACCUACAAGUACUACGAGGUUAUUCUGGUCGACCCCCAGCACAAGGCGAUCCGCCGCGACCCCCGCAUCAACUGGAUCGUCAACCCCGUCCACAAGCACCGCGAGGCCCGCGGCCUUACCUCCACCGGCAAGAAGUCGCGCGGUCUCAACAAGGGCCACCGCUACAACAAGACCCGCGCUGGCCGCAGAAAGACCUGGAAGCGCCACAACACUCUGUCCCUGUGGCGCUACCGGUAAACGUCUCGACGGAGACGGCCGUGAUUACCGAUCUGGCGUCUCGGACGGUGUUUCGGCUUUGGUUCUUCUGUUUCGUGUUGUGGAGUGGCAUCUGGGACAGGCUGGCUCGCAUGAGGAGUACGACGAAGCCAAGCAGCGUCAUGUUGACGUUCGGCAGCAGUGGAAUGGGGCAUUCGGUUUAGCUGAGCAAAAAAGGAAUGGACAGGUGCCCUGUGAGGUGCUCAUGAUAAUUGUCCGCAAUCUCUGCGUUUAUGAAUGGCAUUGUGAUUCCCCGGCUUGGGAGUUGGGUUUGCUUUCUCCUAUGCUUUCGUCUCCCGCCCGGUGCUUUCUCGUCUUUGGCGGCCUCGCGACUUUGCCAUGGUUUUGAAAACCUUUACUGCGUCUCUCCUCCCAUCCC